AAAAGGCUCACCAUGUUGCCAUCACAUGCUCCAGCAGCAUCGACUUGGGAUGCGGACGUUCCCGCUCUUGUUGUAAAGUAAAAACAUUACGAGAAGAAAGCCGCGAUCAUCAACCAGCGUGGAGACUUUUGUUUCACCGAGGAUUUGCUCACUUCGCGCCCGGCGAGACGGCGACUGGGCUCGGCCCUGGUGUCAGCCUGAGCCUCGCUGCUGCUUGCUGUGUUCCGCACGUUGGUCGACCCCGAGCUCCGUAAGCGAGUCAGCGUGUAGCGGCCAGAACUGCGGGGUUUCGAACCGACCAGCUGGGCGAGGCUGCUGUGCUCUUCGUGGGGAGAGUGGAGCGGAUGGAACCCGGGGAGCGAGAGCAGCACAUCCGCGGUGCUGGAAGAUCCGACUUGUUUGCGUCUAGUUCUCGUCGAGCAGAGCCGCUCGUGGAAGUCUUGUUGUGAGCGGGCUGGCUGCUCUUUAACGGACACACAAGGUGCCCCGAAGCUCAACUACAUCCCGGCCCAGUCAUAAAGCAUGUGAUGACCCACAUCAAGCAGAAAGGUUCCAACCAACGCUGGGACCGCAGCCCUCCGUGGUCGCAUGGUGGCGCUAUGGGCGUCGACCAGCUGGAGCGCUCACUCCGCUUCGGCCGAACGAAGAAGAUAAGUGAGGUCGUCUAUCGAAGGAAGGUGAAGAAGGACAAGAAAGAUGCGGAAAGGUCCAAUCAAACCCAAAAACCAGGCUGCGAGAAGAAACGGGACAGGAAGUUGUAUCCUCUUCGGGGGAGGGUUGGGGACGGGCUCAGCUGCCAUGUUCUCCUCACAAGGUUGGAGGAAAACAUCCGCAGAGGAAAAAAAGCUGUAGUGUCAGACAAGGACAAGACCAGGAAGAGCGGGAUCGGUGCAAGUACGAAGACCAAAUCAACGUCAAAAGUAAAAUCAAAGCUGAGUGACUUAGUACACGUCUUGCAACCACGCAAGCGCCGCCUCGCCUCCCUCAACGCCGAGGCAGUGAACAGCCUGCUCCUGGAAAGAGCCACUGACCUCCAGCCGCCAGCCAAACAGGCUAAAAGACAGGAAGAGCCCACGAAUGGAGCGCAUACCACGGAUGAGCAUCCAGAGUCCAGAACCGCCACCGCAGCAGCUCUUAAGACCUCGCAACGAAACGUCUCUAAAACCUCCUUGUGUUCAAUAUCCAAGAAGGUCAAGAAAAAAACCUCCAGAGGACACAAGAGUCAGGGGUUGAGUUUGGAGAUUCUGGAUACGCCAACACCGAGACGACUGGCUGGUCUCAAUGCCGCCGCCCUGCUGAAGUUGACUAGCUUGUCUGCUGUGACGAAGCAUCGAGUUAAGGCCGCACCCAGCACUACCCUCACGUCUGAUGGCAAGAACCCUGCUGCCAUCCAGAAACAGACCUCUAGAGUGAAACACAAAGGGCACUCACAGAAACAAAAAGGAGGUCUGGUGAAGAUGUCCCCCAUGCACUGUAGCUGCUCAGCUUGCAAGAAGGCCGACUUUGAGCCCAAGGUGGAGUGGGAAUCCAGUAGUGUCGCCAAACCGGGCUACCAGUCACGCAGCAUGUUAGACUACACACUGAAGAAUGUGAAGGAAGAGCAGCUGGAAACAGAACUGAACCCCUGCUACUGCUGCCCCCCUGAGGGCUCCGUGGAGUACUGCCACCGCUUGGCCUUCUUCUUAAGCCAGCAGCCCUUUGCAGAGUCAGGUGAUCAGUCCAUCAGCUCGGCUGUGACCCCCGUGAAGCGUGAGUGCCUUGUCACCUCUUCGUCACUUACCCACUCCCACCCGGCCCUGACCCUCAGCCACCACCCCUGCCUCUGCUACUACGUCCACAUCGCCCCGCACCUGCCGCAAACUGGAACAUCUCCGCUGCCACCACUCACCUCCAGACCUCUGAGCUUUGCCCCACCCGGCUUGUGCCCUAAUCGGACAAUUGGCUCCAAGCCACCGGGUCCUCAAGUGACACACGCCUCGCCAGUGCCCCACCCGGCAUACUGCAACUCGGUGGGCUCGCCUUGUUACGGCGAAGCCUGCGGGAUUGGCGGCUACGCCUGCAGGACCGUCGCCCCCGUCAAUAGCAGGGGAUGCUCGUUCAGCGCAGGAUGCACUGGAUGCUCGCAUGGCAUCAAGACAGAGACUUUUUCCUCCUCUCAGGGUGACCACAGUCCCUCUCUUCUGGUCCCCCCGCCUAUCUCCAGCUGCCCUUUAUCCAGCGUGCCCACUUCCACCCAGACGAAUCCUCACCUGCUGACUCCGCUGUUGGGCCAGGAGCAGCAGCCCCGGGCCAGGCUAAAAGCAGCCACAGACCGCCCGCAAGGCACGAAGGCCUCCUUAGACAGUGUCCCCCCUACACUCCAGCAACGGCCCCCGUCUCCACCGAGCCCCUGCAAACAAAAGAAAGUGGUCCGCAGACGUGCCACCAACGGCUGGCGGUCUGUUGGAAUCCCCGCAGAGAAGGACAUUUUCAUCGUGGGGGAAGAUGAGACAGCGCUCCGGCUGUGCUACGAAGGAGUCGAAAGGGAAGGCGAAGUGAUACGCGUUAGAGACACGGUGCUGCUGCGAUCGGGCCCAAGGAAGAAAUCCCUGCCGUAUGUGGCCAAGAUAUCAGCGCUGUGGGAGGAUCCCAAAACAGGGGAGCUGAUGAUGAGUCUUUUCUGGUACUACCGACCUGAGCACACCCAGGGAGGCCGAGAUCCCAGCAUGCACUGUGAGAACGAGAUCUUUGCCUCUCGACAUCAGGACGAGAACAGCGUGGCCUGCAUAGAAGACAGAUGCUACGUCCUGCCUCUAGCCCAGUAUUGUCGAUAUUGUGCCUUGAUAAAGCAGCGUUCUGAAGGCGCCCCACCCGGCCGCCCCAGCACGGUGCCCCCGUGCCCGGACUUCGCCCCACCCUCCCACCGUUGUGUGCCCGCCGACGUAGACCCGGAGCUGGUGUACUUGUGCCGCCACGUCUACGACUUCCGCUACGGACGCAUCCUCAAGAACCUGCAGUAGGAUUUGCCAUGAAUUAUUCAUCAUCUUCAUCCAGUCACCCUGCAGCUGACGUAAGGUUUUAGAGAAAGUGACGCACAGAGCCCUUUACUGUAACUUAUGAAGAUGUUACAAUGAAAUACUUCUUUCACGCGCCGCCUGAUAUGAUUUGUCAGCGCCCUGAUCUGAUCGCUGGCAUUUCCCCCCCAAAAGCAUCUUAGCACACCAACCAUGUUUGUAAGCCACUGGCUCAGGGGGUUCUGGAGGUUCUUCCAGGGGUGGAACACUAGACCUCGGCUGUAUCCAAGCAGCUAAUGGACAGUUUGGGCAAGCUUGCUUGUGUGGGAGAGCGAGUGUUUUCAGUGUGGAUAAAUGUGGGAAUGUGUUCUGUUUAUCUUUUGUUCCCUCUCGAUGCUUUCAGGCAAUCAAACCAAACAAAACAGUUGUUUUUUUUAGAGCUAGAGGAUCUCUCGGCUCAUCCUCUGUGCCGCUCACUUUCCUAUCUCUUUCUCAACAACGCUCUGCACAAUCUAAAAGAAAACAUGUUUGACAGACCAAAGUCGCCCCAAAUGUACCUUUUGUUAGCAACUAGCCCACUUUAUAAGGGCUCCAGUAGGGAGUUCGCUUAUGAAUCAAUUGAACUGAUCAACCACAACUAUAUGUCCUUAUCAGUCCCUCCAGGAUUUUGCUGGCUUUUUUUUAGUGAUUGUUGCUACCUAAAAAGCCUGAGUUCACAGAAGCUUUUUCCGAAAGUGUCGCAGUGGCUACAUUUUUUUAAAUCAAUACAUUUUUGUGAUUUUAUGAAUGUGUUACCAAUGUUUUAGGUGUUCCAUGUAACACUGUACUGUUGACUGAUAAAAACUAAUCAUAGUAAUAAUGAAUAAUAUUUACAGAAAGAAACAUCACAAAAGGCUUCCUUAAUGUCUGUUGUCUGCUCUGUCAUUCACAAGUUGCAGACAUUCUCCGUGUUUAUUUUACGCUUGAAAAUGUUUGUCCAUUUUGAACAUUCAUUUAUGUUCUAACUAGGGAUGUAACGGUAUCAAAUAUUAUCACGAUAUUAAGGCCACGGUGCGAUAUUAUUGCGAGAUAUGUCCAAAAAUGCCAUAGUAUCAGGAAUGUUUCCAUGCAUCCAUCCAUUUUCUACCGAUUGUCCCUUUCGGGCUCGCGGCAGGGUGCUGAAGCCUAUCUCAGCUGCAUUUGGAUGAAAGGCGAGGUACACCCUGGACAAGUCGCCACCUCAUCAUAGGGCCAACACAGAUAGACAGACAACAUUCACACUCACAUUCACACACUAGGGCCAAUUUAGUGUUGCCAAUCAACCUAUCCCCAGGUGCAUGUCUUUGGAGGUGGGAGGAAGCCGGAGUAGAUAAAGUAAUUGAACACAAACCUAAUGUUAAAACGUUCUAAUCAUAUUUUAUUACUAUAAACAAGUGUUUCUAAGUGCAAAUAAUUGUGCAGGAACAUCUACUGUUUGAAGCAACUAUUAAAAAGAAUAACUUACAGUUGAUGACUUUAAGGUAACAAUGUAUUUAUCCAGUGUAACAAGUGUAAAAAGAACAUAGUUUAGUGUCUUUCAACUUUUUACAUUAUGAGAAGCAGUGUCUUCUACAGUUUGUAUCAAUGUGGAAAAUGUUGUUUCUCAGAAAAGUGAACUAAAAUAUCUUCUCUGUGUGAUGGUUUAUGAGGUGGCGACUUGUCCAGACCUGCUUUCCACCCGAGUGCAGAUUGAAUAGGUUCCAGCACCCCCGCGACAUCGAGAGACAAGCGGUAGAAAAAUAGAUUGAUGUAUCAAGUAGCUUUUUAGUUUACUCUUAUUUCCUGCGUUGCGGUGCGACGAGUCCGGCUGGCUCUGUGUCGCUAUGGAAACGCUUGAAACAAAUGUGGCGCGCUUCACUUGGCAGAACGUAGACUUUCUUACCUCCGCCAAAGAUGUUAUGUGUUGGCCUGGGCUUGUUUGUCUGUUUGUUAGCAACAUAACUCAAUCAGUUAUUGACAGAUUUAAUGUCCAAAAAACAAUUAUUUUUAUCUACGACCAGUGCGAACACACUUCACUUCCUGCUUACGGCGUUCAACGCCCCCACCUUGCCGUUCCCGCGCUGUGCAGAGGAUUCUGGGAGAUGUAGUUUAAAUACAGACCUGGUCAACGCUUAAUUACCAGAAAAAAAUGACACUCAUCAAGUUUUUGUUAUUAUUGAGAAGACUUUGAAACCUAAAUACUGUGGUAUUUAUAAUACCGUUACAUGCCUAGUUCUAACACAUUUACCCCAGCACCUUAAGAGCACUUGUGAACUGUUGAGUGAUUGAUGAUGUCAUCAUCACACUUCAACAUCUCUAACAUGUACAUGCUGUCUCUUUGUUGGGUCAGCAUUGAAAAUAAAAAUAUGUUAUUGAUUUUCUUACUCUGGCUAGAUAGAUGUUAAAUAAAUAUAUAAAUACAUGUACCUGUAAACUAGGAAGUAAAUGUGUAUGUACUACAUUAAAGUUUAAAGUUAAAGUUACCGAGAAGGCUCAGCGCUGUAGACAGAAACACAAAGUUAGUCUGAGCUACGCACAAGGACGACAAUUGUGUCGUUUGAUCAAUAAAGAGUUGUUAUAUUGUUACACGUUUUUGUUCCCAAUUCGUCUACACACAAAAAAGUUUUGAUCGGACAGUUGUCGCGUGUGUUACAGCGCUGCUGAGAGACAAAUUCGAUUGGCGAAAAUGACGCCGCUUGGCCAAAAUAUGAGGGUAACAGAGUAUUUGGACAAAGUAUAAUUUGCAGGGCCUGGUUGAAGUUGCGUGAAUUGGCACGAUUGCAACAUUGUGAAAUCAUGGAGGGACUGCUUUAUACUUCACCACUUAUUUUGUUCUGAGUCAUUAGGGGUACCUGCAGAGGGCAAUUGUCAUCUGCGUAAAAAAACAUUUCAAGCGGUCUACUUCAGUUUGCCGCUGUAUGGUUUGUGUUUCCAGUGAGAGGCGGGUUGACGUUAGCUGCGUCCGCUGUGUAAAUCAGGGGUCCCCAAACUCCGGCCCCGCAGCAUCCAAAAUCCGGCCCACAGGAAGUCCCAAGUUAAAAAAAAAAGAAUUUAUUUUUAUUUUUUUAAUCAUUCUUUUCUAAUCCAUUGUCUACCGCUUGUUACUCUUGGUGUCUCCUAGCCGCUCAGGCAAAUCAUAUUGUCUAAAAAUUAAUUUUCCCAUCGAUAACGUGACAAUGUUAAAUGUUGAUGAACAUCAAUGUUAAUUGACAAAACAGAUUAUAAAGACAAUGUAUAUAUACAUAUAUAUAUAUUAUAUAUAUAUAUAUAUACAUAUACAUAUAUAUAUAUUAUAUAUAUAUGUAUAUAUAUAUAUUUAUAUAUAUAUAUAUAUAGCCUGGCCCCGACCAAUUUUUUUUAACCCAAUGCGGCCCCCGAGUCAAAAAGUUUGGGGACCUCUGGUGUAAAUAGUGUGACAUCAUAACAUGGCGCCAAGGAAUUCAACAGCUUUUUACACAAAGUACCAAACAAAUCAAAUAUUUUGCUACCUCUACUUGCUAGUACAGUUUAGCUUUGAAUAUGUGACUUGUCCUCCACGUACGAGGCAAGAUGAACAGAUUGAAUUUUAAUACAGUUUCAGCAAAUAUUUGGCUAAUGCGUAUGUUUUUGUUUUAUGUGGGUGUCUCUAAUAUAAUUGUAUUUAUUUAUUUUUUAAUCUGGUAUUUCUGAAUACCACGGGAUGGAGUGCACCACUCAGUGUGAGCAUCUAUGCCAGUCCUUCUCAAGAAGUUGGGCGGGCCCCCCUGAGGGGGGCGCGGUGUGGUGCCGAGGGGGGGGCGUGUGACCUCAGGGAACAUACUUUUUUUGUCGUACAAGAAUAUGAUGAAGCGUAUGUAGCACUUGGCUUCACUGUAACCACGGUGGGAGACCGGUGUGUUGUUUCCUUUAAUGUUAAUAGGCUUACAAUGUGAUGCAGAGGUAUAGUUAGAACAAUUUUAUAGACAAAUUAUACUAAUUAUA